AUGUCCCGACAACUUAGUGCAGAUUAUUCUCGUUCCGUUCGAAAAGCCGAUUCUGUACACCCCCUCAGCCAUCGAAAGAGCCUUCAGGCCAAAGUUCGAGCCUCGCCCAAUCGCGCCAGUCCUUACCAAAGAGGCGGCUCUUUCAAAUCCGGACCUCCUUCCUCACGCUCUGCCUCGAGCGUCGGAGGCUCCCCUCGUCCCUUUUUCACCUCGGACGACAAUCUCUCCAGCUCAGGCGACGACCACGACGACGACCUCGGCUCCAAACACAUCCCCGGAAUUAAACUCCCAGUUCCAACACUCGCCAUGUCAUCUCGCAAGGCAUCAAGAACGUCCAUGGGCAAGAAGCCCAUCAAGGUCUAUUCCACCAAAAAGGAGCGUGUCCGUGGCGAGCGAAAGGCUAGCGUCCGCAAAGAACGCUUUGAAGAACUCGACACGGACUCGGACCUGACCGACGUCCCUUCCGAAGAGGACGCCGAAGCACGCGCCGCAGUCGCCGGACCUUCGCAUUCUGGUCUCGACAAAGGCAAGGCAAGGAGCAUCGAUAGCGAUAGUGACGAUCUGCAAUCCGACUCGGAUACCGAGAUGGAACGCAAGCUCGCCGAGGCGGGCGACGGUGAAUCUCUUCUCGGCAGCGGCGCUUCCGGCGAAGACACCGAGGAAGAGGAAGAGCGGUUCAUCAUCCAAGAUGCUCUCGACCGACAGUCGAAAGCGAAAGCGCGUCUUCAGCAUCGCGACCCGUCCGACCGUCGCCGUCACGGCAGCGAGCGCGAUGCAGCCAGCAAAAGUGAUCUUCAGCACCGCGCCCGCUCCAUUGCGAUACGCCGUGGCUCUCAGCACGACGGUCAACACGCACAGGCUGAAGACGCAGAGGCCGACGUCGAAGACCACGCUGACGACGACGGCGAUGAUGAUGACGCCGACGACGUCGAUCUGCUCUCCAUGUCCCCCGACACUCUUCGCAUGUACGGCUUGCCCGUCAUCGAGGACGAGCUGUUUGAGCAGCAAGAGGCUUUCAACUCUUCCUCUGAGCCUUCUUUUACCGACUUUUUUGAAACAUCGACGGACAGCGAAGCUGACGUGGCCGACCUGCAAAACGAGAUUGGCGAUGACGACGACGAGUUCACCACCGAUUCGGAAGAGGAUCACGACAUCAGUGAUCUUGAGGGCGGCCUGCUCGAUGCUCCGUUGAUUGCGCACAUUGGCACGGCUGGCGAGGAUCCGAACGCAGCUGCCGCCGACGCUGUCCAGGAUGGCGCACUCGAACCCAAGCCAGAGAUGCCGUUGCUCGUCAUCGAGGACCUCGACGGUCGCCUCAUCUAUGCACGAGCUGGCGAUGGCGAAGCCGUCUUUGGCUCCGAUGGCGAGUUUGAGUUCGUCGACGACAGUGACGACGACAGCGCCGACUGGGAGUAUGACCAGGGCGGCAACAGGCUUUGGGCCGGCGCGGGCGGCCACAGCCGCUUGCUCGGUGCUCCCGAAGACGACGGCGAUACCACCGACGAGCUUCCUGACGAAGACAUGCCAUACCCACGUCUUCUCGUCGGCUCCGUGGCUCCUCGCGGUGGUCGCAACGCAAGACGAGCCAGAGCCAUGGCCACCAACUCGCGCCGCCUUUCUCCCGCUGCACCUAGCUCGCUUCCCUCUCCUUCGCUGCCUCAUUCCGCCCAGGCCAUGAUCAUGUCAGACUCGGGCAUCGACGGCACAACAACGCUGCCUAGGAGCUCAAGAGUGUCGCCCACAUCUUCCGAUGACCCAGCUUCCAACUCCAACGAGAUUGGCAUCACCAUCUCGACCGAACAGCUUGCGCGCGAUCCUGAAGGCACAUUGAAAGCGGCCGCCGCUGCCCUCGGUGUCACUAUCGAAGAAGCUGCCACUCUCGUGGCCGGCGUUCAGCUUCAGGGCAUGGGCAACGGCGAAGACGCCAGCGUCAGCACAAGCACCAGCAGCCACGGAAGUGGAAGCGGCUCUGUUACGCUGGAUAGCACGAUGGCUCCACCCAAGACGCCGGACCAGCAGCGCGCCGCUAACAUCGUCAAACCUCAGAUGGGCAGCUUCAUGCCUACAUCUGCCAAGUCGGUGCACCGCGCCGUUAUUGAUGGAUCUCGCAAAGCACCGUCUCCCUUCUCCGGCAAGCGCAGUCUCGAGAAGAAAGGCCUCGCCAAGAAACGCAGAGCCGCCCGUCGCAGCUCUCUUCUCGACGAGGGUUUCUCGGCAAAGCGUCUUCGACGCUUCUCUUCCGCCAACGACGCCGCCUCUACGCUCGACGAGUACAGCGAGAUGGCACCCUCAUCGCCCGAGCCCAUCGAGGAAGUGAACCCCAUGGAGCUCGAUGACGUGGUCGACUCCAGCAUGAUUUGGCGCGGCACGGGUUCCAAGUCACCUUCGCCCGAGCUGGAAGGUGGCGACGGAGCUGAUACGGGCCGUCGACCCUCAAUGCGAUCCGCUCGCAAGACUUCGUCGGCGCCCGGCCUCAACUUGAACGCCUUUGCGCGAUGGAACAAGAUCCCCAUGGGCUCGUUCCGCGAUUCGCAAGCGGGCCCCGUUCCGUCGCAGAACGCGUUCCAGCAGCAACAGCAUCAGCACCAACAGCCGCUGGGCACAUUCUUGCUCACGCGCUCACAGGGUCAAUCUGGCAACCGAGCGGGACGCACCAGUUCGCCCUUCCGAUCCAGUUCGAAUGCCGCGCGUCAUCCCGAGAUGUUUUCGAUCAGCCCCUUGCGACAGGCGCACGAGGAGGACAACAAUGAUGCUGGGCGCUCAAGCGACAGCAUAUCGGGAAGACGACGAUCGUUCAUCAUUUCGCCUGUCUUGUUUCCCACGCGUGGUGGCGAAAUCCCACCGCCCUCGUCUUCGUCCGGCGCGUAUAGUGCUCACAAUGCGCCGCCCACGUACAGUCAGAUCGCAGGCCUGCGUCCCGGUGGCAACAGUGUUGUCGGCGAUGCUGCCAGCGUGGCUUCCAAUACCAGCGCUGGUCCUGGACGAAUCACGCGCCGAGAAAAAAGAGAGAAGCGGGCCAGACGAGCUGCUCUACUCGCUUCGCAAGCUGAGGAAGGUGCGGCUGUGUCUCCGCAAACAGUGGCGGACGAUGAGCGCGCAGCUUCCGGCUCGCCAGUGACCGCGCCAGCCCCCACCACGCCCUUACUGCGGCUUUCGAGUAUGCCCGAGGUGGCUUUCACGCACGACGAAGGCGUCGAGUCGCCAGCCACUGCCUUCCCCAGGAUGCGCAUUACCGAUGCGACGCCAACGCCACGAGGCUCACCUGCUCCCUCUGGUCCGCCCACGGUAGGCAAGGACCUGCUCCAGCCUGGUUCGAAUUUCAACCCGGACAGCCACCUUGGCGGUAAGAUCGAGACACCCGCACUGCAGGCCCCCUCGAACGAGUCGAUGCCGAGCAGCGAAGCGCAAGCGAGUGCUGAGGAGAAGCAGCAAGAGCCCUCGUCGGUUUCGGCUUCGAUGUCGGGCGCUCUGCCUUCGUCGGCAUGCAAGACGCCGCUCCACUCGCCCUUGUUCGGCGGCAUCUUUGGCGGUGCUCUCAACUACGACUUGGAAGAUAAGGAGGCCGAGCCUCUGCGAAUCUGA